AUGGCCCAGAAUCAGGGGGAAGUACAAGUGACUCCGAACCAGCCAGUCAAAGAUAAAGAUAUCUAUGCUUGUCUCCCUGAUAUGCGAACUAAUGGUCCACUAAGACCAGAUGAACCUUGUUCUGGUGGCGAAGAGUUGCGAUGGUUGCCCGCUCAAGCAACAGACAGGGAUCUUGUUAUGUACUUAAGAGCUGCUCGCUCGAUGGCAGCGUUUGCAGGUAUGUGUGAUGGAGGAUCCCCGGAUGACGGCUGUGUAGCGGCCAGCCGUGAUGAUACAACUAUCAAUGCUUUAGAUGUUCUACACGACUCAGGUUAUGAUCCCGGCAGAGCACUACAAGCUCUUGUUAAAUGUCCCGUCCCUAAAGGAAUUGAGAAAAAGUGGACUGAAGAAGAAACAAAACGUUUUGUGAAAGGUAUCAGACAGUUUGGUAAGAAUUUCUUUAAGAUUAAAAAAGAUUUACUACCACACAAAGAUACUGCGGAAUUAGUAGAGUUUUAUUAUUUAUGGAAAAAGACUCCUGGUGCGAGUAGUAAUAGACCGCAUAGGAGACGUCGUCAGGCUUCACUGAGACGUGUGAGAAAUACAAGGAACUCUCGUGCUGGCACACCUAAAGAGCAAACACCAGAGGCUACUCCAACUGUGCCCGACACUAACGGCUCUCGGCCCUCGCCUAAUCCAAAAGAAGCUGGCGAAAUGAGUUCAGUUACUGAAGAUGAGAACUCGGAAGAUGACAGUGACUCUCGAGACGCAGGAGAUCUAGUGAAGCCUGAUACUCCUAGAGUUGAAAAUCCCGAUGAUUCACCUAGUAGAAUGAGAACAAGAAAUAAAUCGAAAGAGCAAACAACUCCAAAUGGUAAAAAGGGUCAAGAUGAAAGUGAUAAUGAUGCAAAAGCUAAGAAAGUUAGCAAACCAAAUAUACAAAGUACAAAUAAUAAUAUUACCGAGAAAGUACUAUCAUCUCCUGUAAGUAAGGAUACCAAGAAAAAGGUAACUAAUGGAAAGGUUGAUGUUUCCAAAGUCAAGAAACGUCUUCCUGAUGAUACUAAACCCGAAGGUUGUGGUGGAAUUAUGGAUGGUGAUGUACAGAUGAAGAAGAAGAAAGCUGCCGAACCCCCUGAUAGUCCAGCAGAAAGCUUAACAAAUGAUAGUUUCCCAGCAAUGGAUGACUCGGAGGCUCCUGAACCAGAGGCUGAGGCUUGCGACUUUAGUUUUAGUAAAACAGACAAAGAAAACACUGAUCAAAAUAAAGAACCGGACGCAGAGCAAGCGGUAAAGAGUAUAGAACCACAAAUAAAGACAGAAAUCAAUCCUGAACCGCCAAUUAAAAUAGAAAAAGACAUACUGCCUCCAAUCUUCAAAGUUAUAUCUGAGAAAGAUGAACGAACUGCACUUGAUCUUAAAACAGAUUCCAACAAUGCAAAUAAAAUUCCAGAAAACAUUGAAUCAAGGCCUAUGCCACUGUUUCCUAAGACUGAACUUAUUAUACCUAAAGUUACACCCAUGUCUACAGAGCUUAUAGAGAAAAUAAAAAUAAAGGAAGAAAUUGAUACAGACGACCAAACACUCAAUUUACAGAAGGAGGAAUUCCAAAAAGAUACUCUCUCCCACAACUUUUCAGGACAUGUUUUAAGUCAGUCAAAUAAACCACUUAAUUUAGAAAACACCAACUUUUUUGUUAAAGAUAACCACAUGUAUAAUCCUAAACUUAAUCACAACAUCAAGAUUGAGGGUGCUCCAAAUAACAUCUUUAACCCAGCAACUAUGUCAAAGGAUAGUUCUAUAAUAAGAAAUACGAAAGAUUUCACAAGUGGUAUGCCUCCAUUUUCAUACCCAGCUAAUAUAAACUUUGCAAGUGAUCCUAACAAACAUAAUCCUCACAUCAAUCCACUAAAAACUGUCAUCAAACUUGAACCUCGAGAUGAAACAAGUGAAAUGAAGAAUCAAAACACACCUGAAAUAUUUACAGCAACUAUAUCAGCAGCCAACAAAGUUGAUUCACCAAGUACACCUAGAUUGGAAUCUAUGCAAAGGAUAAGUCCAUCACCUACAAAUCCAAGGGCUUCAUCACCUCCUCAUAUGGAACAUCCUUCCAAUACGAAUACCGAACCUAUAUCGCCUGCAAACACACAAGAAAUGAAAACUCAAGAAUCUGAUAGUGAAGAUAAACAACCUACAGACUUGAAAACUCAACAAAUAUCUAAACAUGAUGCCCAAAAUCUUCGGCAACCGCUAUUCGCUCCACCUGUACGUCCAGAAAAUCUUGGUGUUAGGUCUACAGAAGCCUCAAAUACACCAGUGUCAAUUCAAAAUAUGCCUCCGCCGCCCUUAAGUCAACCAUCUAUGACUGGGCUUUUACCUCCAGGACCACUUAUAUCUGUAGGAGGUGGGUCUAAUGUAGGGCCUUAUGGAUUCAUGCCCUCCGCAUUGUACGGCCAUCCUGGACAUCCUGGGCAUCCAGGAUUAGAUAAACCUGGAUCAAUGCCGCCUUUAAUGCAACAAGUUCCACCAUCACAUAAUCACUCUGCUACAAGUCUUAUUGCUCAACAAUCAAAUCAAAAUGACUCAUCUAUGCCACAAGAUCUUAAAAUUAAACAAGAAGUUCCGGAUAAUAUGCCAGCUAAUCUGUCAACACAAAAUGUGUCUGAUCCUUUGCAAUCAUUAAAGGAAGUCAAAGUGCCUGGAUACCCCAUAGGUAGUGCUAUCGCCCAACAUCUGAGUUCCGAAAGAGACAGAGAGUCCAUUUCAAGUGUAGAAAAUAACAGUCGACCACCAAGCCAACCACAGAAUGAAAAUUCUAAUAUGCAAAGUGCUUUCCUUGGUCCCAGAAUUGAAAGUAUAAAGAAAGAACAGGAUUUCUUGCAUCAACCACAUAUAACGCCAGUAUCAACGAGUCAAGGAAGUGGAUCAGAUUCUGCAAGUACGGCUCCUCCCGUAAAAAGUCCACAUACACCGACACCCAUAAAGAGCCAAUCCAGCCACAAUGGUACCCCUGGCCAUCCACAUCCGUCGGCGACGACGUCUCCGUUUUCAAGACAUAUGACAAGCCCUUCUCAGCCAAGGCAAAUUUCAGCUUCACCAGUGCAACCAAAUACACCGGUAUCGCACUCAGCUCUAAAUUUGAUGAAUCCAACACCAUUGACUAUUCCAGCAACAAUGUCUGGUCCAGUAUUGCAUUCUGGCCAACAGCCUGGACAUCCACCACAUCCGUUUUCGUCACCAUUACAUCAUCCCCAUCAUCCCUUGCUCCAUCCAUCGUCCAUAUUCCAACUAUCCGCCGCAGCUGCUGCUCACGCAAUGCAUCCAUACUAUGCUCACCCUCACCCAGGUUAUUCAAUGCCCUAUCCUUAUCCGUAUGGUCCUUUACCUCAGCCCCAUCCCAUUCCACCAAUGCAUCCAGCUUCCAGUACACCAGGAAGACACGAACCAGUGAAACCGGCAACAAUUGAAUCAACAACUAUGCUAAGCGCUCAUCACAGUACGAGUUCGUCCGUAACAACAAGGUCAUUACGAGAAAUAUCUGAGAGCAGUGAAGAUCCUCGAAAUCCGAACUCAACCACAGAGAGGCAUCAACUACAUGAAACAACUAUGACUCAUCAUCACUCAACCAGUCAUCACAGUGCUGUACACACGAGCACUGAGAAGCAACCCAGCCACGUCGGAGGUGGCACCAAUCAUACCCUCUCUAUAUCGCACUCUACUUCUAGUAGUUCGUCCCAAUCGAUACAACACAAGAUAAAUACACAGCAAAAGUCAAGCUCACAUUCGAGUUCACCCCUGCAUUUGUCGGCAAGUUUAUCUCAGACAACGAGUUCGUCUUCAAGCGUCAAUGUCACCAACAACCACACACAUCACCAUUCUCAUCAUCUUGCUCAUCAUCCAGAGCGAUUGUCGCCGGCUGAUUCGAUGCUUCUCAGACAUCACCCGAAGAUGCUCCCUGGCAACCCAAAUCAUCUUAUGAUUCAACCUCCUUCUAUGGGACAUCCAGGACUAGGUCUCGGCUUACCGCCGGGUCCCGUACCUAGUUCUAUUGAAAGCUUAAGAUUACAUGCUCAAGCAGCUGCAAGUUUACAAUCAGCGCAUGCUAGAUCCGGUUCCCCUCAUCAGAUGCCACAUGGUCAUCCACAUCUUCGUGGUCCACCAAGACCAAUUCCAGACGAUAAUCCAGAACUUAAGUUGGAAACGCAGUCACAACCAGAAGAAGAAGAAAUUCCAAGUCCAGCUCACAUACCUCACGGUCCCAGUCCAGAACCUAAAAUAGAGGAUACAGAAUGUCACAGGUCACAAUCUGCAAUAUUCUUAAGACAUUGGAAUCGAGGUGACUACAACUCUUGUACGCGUACAGAUCUUAUAUUUAAACCUGUACCAGAGUCUAAACUUGCCCGUAAGAGGGAAGAGAGACUUAGAAAGCAAGCAGAAAGAGAUAGAGAAGAGAGAGAGAAAAUUGCUCAACAAGCGCACAGAAAGAUCGCUACACCUGAAAAACCAGAAACAAAACCCCCUUCAAGAGGUGCAAUCGAAACAAUCACAUCUCCUUAUGAUCGAUUUCCAAGACCACCUGGAUAUCCAGACACUCCGGCAUUACGACAGUUAUCCGAAUAUGCUCGACCUCAUGCUGGGUUCAGUCCAGGAAAUAUACCGCGGCAUUGUAUGGACCCGAUGCUUCAAUAUCAAUUAAGUUCCAUGUAUGGGGCGGCUGGAGCGAGAGAACGCCUUGAACUUGAACAUUUAGAAAGAGAAAAACGGGACAGAGAAAUACGAGAGUUACGAGAACGUGAACUGAACGAUCGACUGAAAGAAGAAUUAUUAAAGAAUAACGUCGGACCGAGAGCCAUCGAUCCCCACUGGUUAGAAAUGCACAGAAGAUAUGGUAUGCCACCUCCGCCACCCCAAGGAGCUAUUCCUGUCCAGUUUGGAUUGUUUCCGCCGGGGCACGGGCCCGCCGCCCUGUCUCAACUAGAAAGAGAAAGGUUAGAAAGACUCGGUAUACCUCCCGCCGGUGCGGGAGGGCCGCCGCAGUCAGUACCAGUAUCCGGCGCUCCUUCACAUCACCCGCAUCACCCACACCCUGGAGUAGCGGCCGCGCAACUGGAAGCAGCUGAGAGACUAGCGCUAGCAGCGGACCCCAUGGUGCGACUACAGAUGGCAGGAAUCAAUCCGGAGUAUCACGCGCACACUCACGCACACACACAUGCACACUCCCACACGCAUUUACACCUACACCCAGGACAACAAGCUGCACAGGCGCAGCAAGAUGCCCUUAGUCUCGGUUUGGGUGGUGGAGGGCCGUACAGGCCGCUUCCACAUCCAGACCUGCUAGGUAGGCCGUACGCUGAGCAACUGGCUCAUCAGGCGGCCGCUCACGAACAGCUGCAGAGACAACUGUUAUUGGAGCGCGAGCGUGGUUUCCUCCACCACGAAGACUUCCUGCGCCAGCAGCGGGAACGUGAACUGAAAGUUCGGGCGUUGGAGGAGGCGGCGCGCGCCUCGCGACCCUAG